AGCUGCCGCAACACCCUUGAAAAUGAAGACUUUGAUGUACCUGAUCCAUCGUCAUGCUGGUCAAGUCUCGGCGCACGGCUUUCCAACGCGGUUGCGGUACGAAACAAUACCGCGGCAGGUAGUAUAGCGCCUCUACGCAGUAUCAGCGAAGCCACCGGUGGGACUCACGAUUGCUAUUUAAGGAGGCUCAUUCUUCUUUCUUACCGAGUUCUCGUUCCGAGUCGAUAUCGGCACACCUCGCAUCAACUUCUCACCUCUCACUCACCACGCACAAGUCCCAGAGCCAGUCCAAAAGACCACCAAAACCCGUGGAAAACAUGACACCCCCCCGAGCUUUCGACUUUAGCGGUGAAGUCGCCAUCGUGACCGGGGCCGGCUGCCGGAUGGAAAACGAGCUUGGCAACGGCAGCGCAACGGCGGUCCUCCUCGCACGCCAUGGCGCCCGCGUAGUGGUGAUCGAUCGCGACCCGGCCGCUGCUGCCGAGACCAAGCGCAUGAUCGAUGAGGAGGGUGGCGUUGCCGAGACCGUCCUCUGCGACGUGACGGUAGAUGCCGAGUGCAAGGCCGCUGUGGCAAAGGCGGUCGAGCUUUUUGGCAAGGUCGACAUCCUCGUCAACAUCGUGGGCACGGGGGGCGCCCAGGGCACCGUCGACAAGGUGGAUCUUGACGAGUUCAACCACGACAUCCAUUACAACGUAACCAGCAUGGUGCAGAUGGCGCGCCAUGUGGUGCCCGAGAUGCGCAAGAACGGCAAGGGCGCCAUCGUGAACAUGAGCUCCGUGUGUGGGAUGGUGGGCGGAAGCCCUGGUGUUUUCUACGCCACCUCCAAGGGCGCCAUCAUCCAAAUGACCCGCGCCAUGGCCGGUCACCACGGGCCCGACGGUAUCCGCGUCAACUGUGUCUGCCCGGGCAUGGCAUACACACCCAUGGCACGCUGCCGGGGGAUCUCCGAGGACAUGCGGGAGGAGCGCAAGAGCCUUGGCUUCCUCAAGUACGAAGGAACGGCGCAGGACAUCGGAUACGCCAUCGUGUUCUUGUGCAGUAAGGAGGCGAGAUGGAUCACGGGGGCCAUUCUGCCCAUCGAUGGAGGGUAUACCGCUGGAAGAGUGGACCAUCCCAAGAUGGGAAACAUGGCCAUGGCUAAGAAACAGGGAGAGUGAUGUCAAACUCAGGUACUUAGGUAUGGGGUAAGAGCGGGAGUCCAUCUACCCGGUGACGGUGGGUAUGCAUGUCUCUAGCACCUUAGCGUGGCGGUCAAGCAAAGGAUCCGAUUUGAAAGUGCACAACAACAUUCAAUAAUUAGUGACUGUUAGGCCCCGGUGAUGUGGGAGCCGGAAAC